AUGCGCUUUGUACUUGGAAGCUGCAGCCUUGUGCUGGGGGCCUUAUCCCUUUCCCCAGCAUCCCUGGCCAGCUCUAUUCACACCGCCAGUCCGGUGGUCGACUUGGGAUACGCGAAAUACCAGGGUGUCUAUAACGACUCUUAUGACAUCAAUAUAUUCAAAGGAAUUCGAUAUGCUGCCCCGCCCGUAGGAAAGCUACGCUGGCAAGCACCACAGAAACCACCAUUGAACAGGACUGCCAUCAUCCCUGCUAUAAAACAACCACCUCCCUGUCCUCAAUCGGGAGCUGCAGAACUACCAGAAGCCUAUGGCUUUAACUCGGCGCUAGGAGAUGAGGACUGUCUGUUCUUGAACGUCUUCGCCCCCGCUGGGGCGAAAGAUCUUCCUAUUCUUCUAUGGAUCCAUGGCGGUGGCUACGGUCUUUUCGGGGCGAUUUAUGACCCUAGCGACUGGAUGAAGACCAACAAUAACGGCUUCGUCUCUGUCGUCAUCCAGUACCGACUGGGAGCCUUCGGGUUCUUGUCUUCCGAGGAUGUGCAGAAAUAUGGCAAGCUCAAUUCUGGUCUCCUGGACAUGCGGUUUGCACUUGAAUGGGUACAGCAGCAUAUAACAAAGUUUGGUGGAGACCCGUCCCGUGUGACUAUUGGAGGCGAGUCCUCAGGUGCUGGAGCUGUGAUGCUGCAGGCUAUGGCAUAUGGAGGGAGGGAAGAUGGGCUGUUCAACAAUAUAAUCGCUGCGAGUCCGUACGCUGCGACUCAGUUCAAGUAUAACGAUAUGGCACCGACGGCCCACUAUCAUGACUUUGCAGCACGAGCUGGAUGUUACCAGUACACCAGAUCAGAUGAUUCUACCAUAUUCGACUGUUUAGUACGCGCAGACACUGAGACACUUCAAUAUGCCAGUGGCAAUGUUUCCACAUCAGGUGCCUGGGGUACCUGGGCAUUUACGCCAGUCACGGAUGGAAAAUUCAUUCAAGAUCUUCCAUCAAAACAACUGCUCGAGAAGAAAGUCAGCGGCAAGCGCAUUCUGUCUGGGAACAACGCCAACGACGGUGUCCCCCUCAGUCCCCCAACUCUGAACACAACAGCCGCCUUUAUUCAAUACCUCCAAUCGACGUUUCCCCAUUUGACACCCACAGACUUUGACCAACUCCUCGAAAUAUACAAAGUAUCAUCAUCUUCUCUCGGAUCAACAGGUCCUCUUUACGAUACCCUCGGCAACCGCGGUCUAACAGCCGUAAAUCAAUCUGAAUUUGCAACAGGCCUCCAACAAACUGCCUUCAACAUCUUCGCAGAGACAGCCUUUGACUGUCCCUCAUACUGGCUAGCUGAUGCCUUUUCUUUCAAGGCCAGCGGUUUCGCCAGUAAAAGGAAAGAGAGCUGGAAGUACCAAUACUCAGUGACACCGGCGUACCACGGUGUAGAUCUAACGGCCUAUUUCUCGGUAGGCUGGACCGUGCCAAAUUUCGAAUUCAGAGAAGCCUUCCAACGCAUGCUGGGCAACUUUAUCGUGAAUAAUACCCCGGUUAUAUCGAUCAGCGAUGCCAAAGGUGGAAUGGAUAAUGCUACCGUUCCUGAGGGCACGAAUGGUGAUAUUGAUUGGCCGCGAUGGGACCAUGACUCGCCUGUGCUCAUGAAUCUGAACACUACGGGUGGAUUUUUGUUUCGACGGACAGUGACGGAUUAUCUCGCGUAUUGGCUUAGAGAGGGAUCUGGGAUUACGAAUGAAUUUAGGCUGGCGGAUGCCGAGGCGUGGGAGGGUGGUCGUGGGGAGAGGUGUGACUUUUGGCAGAGAGUGGGACCAGAGACUACAACCUUUACCAUCUUUCUUCCUUCUUCCAGCUUUUCAAAUCAGCAUACAACCACUGAUGCAAUGUCAAAUCGAGAUUCCAAAUACCAUGAGCGCGUCAAGGUUUCAUGUCUUGACCGAGCCUUUGAAAAGCUCCCCAACCACUACUUACAACAGGCCUUGCUCGUCUGA